AUGUUUGAACAAGCACUCAAAACAGUGCUGGUUCCCGUCCUGCAAGUUUAUUUGCUUCAGCUGACUUAUCUUAUCUGUCAGUUUAUUGACGGCUGUGGAAUGAAUGUCUUGAUGCAGGAUAACAGCAGUCAGGUCAGAGUCUCUGGAUCUCUCACACACAUCAGAUGAAUCGGACAAUGGCAGGUGUUUGGAAAAUUAUUCUUCUCAACAUUUUCAUCGUCUCUGCUAGAAGUAGCGUGAUGAAAGGUUAUUUCUGGCACAUCUCAGACCUCCACUGGGAUCCUUCUUAUGAUGUAGGGAGUAACUCUGCAUCAAAAUGUGCCUCUAGUGGAGGCCGUCCGACCCCAAACGCAGGCAGAUUUGGAGAUUAUUUCUGUGACUCCCCAUGGACUCUGAUAAACUCAACAUUGAGUGCCAUGAGAGGGAUCCUGCCUGACCCAGACUUCAUCAUCUGGACCGGAGAUGAUACGCCUCAUGUGCCCAAUGAGCAGCUGGGAGUCGAACCUGUCCUGCGUAUAAUCGGCAAUCUCACCCACAUCAUAAAAAGCACUUUUCCUAAUACCAAAGUGUAUUCCGCAAUGGGAAAUCAUGACUACCAUCCAAAGAACCAAAUGCCUCCAGAAAAAAACAACAUUUAUGAACAAACCGCAAACCUGUGGCACGACUGGCUACAAGCGGCGUCAAAAGAAACCUUUAAAAUAGGUGGAUAUUACACAGAGAAGUUGCUGAAUCAAACUGGCCUCAGAGUCAUGGUCCUAAACACGAACCUCUAUUAUGAUCAGAACAAACUCACAGAAAACAUCAAAGACCCUGCAGAUCAGUUCAGUUGGGCUGAUAAAGUGCUUCAGGACGCAGCUAAAAAUAAUGAGAAGGUUUACAUUAUUGGCCACGUCCCGCCAGGGUUUUUUGAGAAGAAGCGAGAUAAAGCCUGGUUCAGAAAAGAGUUUAAUAAGCGCUACAUAGAUCUCAUACAGAAGCACAGCGCUAUUAUACAGGGCCAGUUCUUCGGUCAUCAUCACACCGACAGCUUCCGCAUGUUCUACAGCUCAAAAGGAUCUCCCAUAAGUGCGAUGUUCCUGACUCCAGGAGUGACGCCUUGGAUAACAACAUUACCUGGUGUCAUAGAUGGUGGAAAUAAUCCUGGAAUUCGCAUGUUUCAGUACGACACCAAAACACUUUUGAUCAAGGAUAUAAUCACCUACUAUAUGAACCUGACAUACUCAAAUGUGGCACAUGAGCGCUGGGAGAAAGAGUACCGGCUAACGGAGGCGUUUCGUGUGCCGGACGCAUCUCCCGCCUCUAUGCACCGUGUGAUGGAGCGGAUAUCCACCGACAAGUGUUAUCUGCAGAAGUACUUUGAGUUCAACUCUGUGAAUUAUGACCUGACGGAGUGCCACGCUGACUGCCGCAUCGAUCACGUGUGCGCGAUGAGGGAAGUGGACUUUGAGGCCUAUGAGAAGUGCGUGGUGAAGGAGGGAGGCUCGUCCACUGCUCCAGUGCUGUUUACUCUGCUGCUGUCACUGAUGCUGAGCCUGCUGUGUUUGAGCUGAUCACAGAACAGCAGCGUUUCUGCAAUAUUAUCACGUGAUCCCUUCGAUCCCUUCGUGCAUGAGUGUGACAUGUUCUCAGCAGUAAACUUUUAACGUGCUGUUCAUAAACUUGAUCUAUCAUGAUUUCUUUAUAUUUACUGAACUGUCUCUUAGUUGAAAAUGUUUUUUGGGGGUUCCAAACAUUAAAAUGGAAAAUUGAAAUUUGGAGUGACGUUAAAGUAAAUAAAAAUUGCAGCUGUUUUUUUUUUCUUUACUGAGAAAAGUCUUUAUUUUAAGAUAAAAAGUUGCAUGUAAUGUCAGAAACGGUUUGAUAAUGAUAAUAAUAAAGUAUGCAUAAUGAUGAAUUAUGCAUUCCUGCCAUUUAUAUUUAAAUACAUUCGUCAGCAUGACGUAAUUUUUUUCCCACACUACAUAUUAUCAAUGCCACAGUUGUCCAGCUGUAAUUAGGGCAUCCAGCAGUACGAACACUCACUAUGACCAACUAUACAGUACAGUAGUCACAAAACAGUACAAUACAGUAGCCUUUGAUUUGCAUGUAAAGUUGCAAAUUAAAAAAAAAAUUGUGUGGGAAAAAACUGAAUACUGCAUAAAACAUCUGUAAAUAAAAUUCAUCUCGUGUUCAAGAGAACAAAAUCAAGGUAUCAAUAAUAAAAUAAUAAUAAUAAAUUGCUGCAACUGGG